CGGUAAAUUACCGGCUGGCCCGGCCCGGCCCGGCCCUGCUGGAUGUCUGCGGGCACCGCGGCUCACGUCCCGGCCCCCGGGGUAGGGGGGAGGCCGAGGCCGAGGCCGCGCUGGGGGCUGGUGCUGCUGGGCGCUGCGGGCGGCGCUGUCCUUGCUCUGUACGCGGUGGCCACUCCGUUUGUGGCUCCUGCGCUGAGGCGGGUCUGUCUACCCUUCGUCCCGGCCACUCCGGCCCAGGUGGGGAAUGUGCUGCAGCUGCUGAGCGGCCGCCGGGGACCGCUGGUGGACAUCGGCAGCGGCGACGGCAGAAUCGUAAUUGCAGCAGCAAAGCAAGGUUUUCGAGCCGUUGGUUAUGAACUGAACCCUUGGCUGGUUUGGUAUUCCAGAUACAGAGCAAGGCAGCAAGGAGUGCACCACAAUGCCAGGUUUUAUAUCUCUGACAUUUGGAAGGUGAAUUUCUCCGAAUUUAAUAAUGUUGUUAUAUUUGGAGUUCCCCAGAUGAUGGAGUCUUUAGAGAAGAAACUACAGAAAGAGCUGAAAGAUGAUGCCAAAAUUGUAGCCUGUCGCUUUCCAUUCCCCAGCUGGAUUUCUGUUCAUGAAUCUGGAAAAGGAAUCGACACAGCCUGGUUGUAUGAUGCAAAAUCAUUUAAAACCAUUGCAAGAGAAGAAUGUCCUAAUUAAAACAAGGGAAAGGACAAGAGUUGUAUUUUGCUGUGGUGGGGCUAAAAUGUCACUGGAAAUUAAACAGUGGAAAGACUUAAAAAGUGAUCUUACAUUUGGCAACUCAAAGUGUGGAGUGUCCACAGUUCUAAAGGAUUAACAUGUUAUUACUGUCUUCCACAAGUGACUGAAGUUUAUGAUUCUUGAGAAUGUGAAAGGUACUACAUCAAUGCAGCUUGGGAAUGCAGCAUUGCUUUUAAGCCCAUCAGGAAAUGGUGAACUCUACGGUUACGAACAAAAUAUUCCACCUCCUGGAUUUGGAAACAGGAGAAAUUUAAAUUAACUUUCUCCAGAUGUCUUUGAACUUGCACCUUUAACAUAGCAAGGCACCUUUAUAGAACUACAGAUCCGCCACCGAUUUUACGACACCUUUUGGUUCCAGAGCCUUGCCGGGUUAUCCAUAUUGCCGGACCGACAGAGGUCAUAUACUAAUGAAACAACAAUGCACUUCUGACCACCUAAUUAUACCUCAUCCCGCAUCUUUAAAGCACCAUGGCCUUGCUAGAAACUUAAAUAAAACAAAAAUUAAAUGUGCUUAUGCAUCGCACUAUGAUUGUCACUUGGACCAUACUUUGAAAAGGUUACUAAGGUUAAAUGUAAGCAAAAUAGGCUAAGGAUUACACAAAACCGAGGGAUCACCACCAACAACUGUAGAUGUAAGCAAAUUAUGAUUUUGGGACGGAGGGACAUGUCCUGCAAGAGAGCGCUUCACACACAAUACCAUCUGUGGCUGCCCAGGAAAUUUUGAGUUUGAGUUUAGUUUGAGUCUGGAUAUCUUUGAUCGGACUUUACAGGCUUUAUCUUGCACUAGCCGUAAUUCACGUUAUUCCCUUUAUCAUGUACACUGUGGAUGGCUCGAUUGUAAUCAUGUAUUGUCUUUCCGCUGACUGGUUAGCAUGCAACAAAAGCUUUUCACUGUGUCUCGGUACACGUGACAAUAAACUAAACUCAAACUCUAUCAAUCAUUGGAUACUUGUUGGUACAGGAUUUGAUAUGGACUAACUGGUCGCUCUCAACCAGUGAGGCUGAGGUGUUGAAGAGUCACAUUAACCAUUCUGAGCUCCUCCUGUUCUGAAGUUUGUGGUUCAUGCUGACCUAACUGGUGGGUGGGUAAAGUUGCAGGAAGAUUUUUUUUUAAUCAUUUAGAUUUGCUUGCAGCUGCUUUAAGCCAACAGGAUUUGUGAACAGCAUUUCUACAACCACAUCUUACAAAAUAAAAUCAAAAACCAACCUUUGCAGGAAUAGCAAAUUAUUUAAGCAGCAGUAGAAUAAACAGGUAGGACCAUAUUCAUUAAUUAAUGUGUGUUCAGUUUUAGUUAGUUAUGCUAAUAAUUCUCUGCAGAAUAGAUACACUGUUCUGCAAUAUAAUGAUGUCCCUAUGGAGCAGGAAAAUGAUUGGUGAAGGUCCUAGAUAAAGCAUCAGUUUUGUUUUGCUAAAAUGAAAUUUUCUUUCUCAGUAAUAAACAAUUUUACAUAA